CAAAUAUAAUUUAAAUAUUUAUUAAAGCAGUUGAGAAAUGAAACUUUACUUGCUCUGCAUCCUGGUGUGAGCAGUCCUCUGCCAAGAUUUUGCAAAGACUCCUCGAAAGACCUCCUCUGGGAUCGAAUUCUCAGACAGUCAUGAACUCUUAAGGUAUAUGCACAUCAAGCAACACAAAAUGGAGGACCACUACAUUAAGCAGAUUGGGACUGUCUACAUUUUUUACAACGAAAAUCCUAAAGAUGCUGCUACUAGGAGAAACAUCGAAAAAUGGAGGGCAGAGGUUCUCACUAGCAUCAAGGAAACUGAAAAAUACAUAGAUGUAGAAGAAAUCAUCUUCGAUGGCGACAGCUACGAUAAUUUAUUCAGCUUCUAUGAAACAUCUGGUAAAGAACUCAAGGAUAACCCUUUGGUUUUAAUAGAUGAAUUUGACGAAAGGGUAUGGGUAUAUAAGCUUAGUCAAACUAAUAAAAUCACAGAAAGAAUAAAAUCAAUCCUCGCUGAAGGAGUAUCCUAUUUUAACUACUAAGAUAUUACUUAUACCAGCCUUGAUCAGUUUGGAAAUCUCUGGUUCUUCC